AUGUCGGAUUCCAUUGACAAUACCAACGACAACGGCAACUCUCCACCUGAGAUCCCUCCAACAGCCCCUGCAGGCAUCCUCGUUUGGACUCAACCACCCAUCGCAACUUCUACCUCAUACUUGAAACUCGCACCUAACAAGCUAGUGACCUUCGGCUGGAACUUCUCCUACGUCCUUGCCACACCUACCCAGCUAUCGGUCUCAGCAGCUUGCAGUGGCGGGAAUACCUAUCCCGUGGAUGUCAUCCCAGGGACGGCGACUCAGGUGGUCUGGGACAUGUACGGGUACCAAAGCGAACAUCCAGAGCUCCCGCUUCCGCAAGCAGUGUGUACGCUGUUGGUUCAGCCCGAUGACAGGACGUUUGGUUCGAGGGAUGGAGGGUACCUGAGUCCGAACAAUGAGUUGAGGGUUGCCAUUUAUAAGCCUCAGCCGUACACUCCUCUUGCCGAUGGUUGGAGUUGCGUUGAUUGUUCCAACGCCGGGAGGUUCGUGCCGCACCCGGCGGCGGAAUCCAUUUUCUGA